AUGGCGCAGUACGGGUAUGUUUCUCUCUCCCAUGGAGCCGACGGGACACAUGACGACGAGUACGACCUCUCCGAACGCGGCAUACUGACAGACUCGGAUAGAUACGGUGGUCGUCAAAACCCCUUUGACCAGCGGGACGAUGGUCCCGGCGGAGGGUAUGGAGGAGCUCCUGCCAGAGGUCCUCCUCAGCAGGCCUUUGGCUCGGGGCCUUCUCCCUACGGCGGCGGUGGAAACAGAGGAUACAACCAGGGACCAGCUAUGGGUAGGGACCAAUACGGCGCCAACGUUGAGAUGGAAUCCCUCGCCCAGAACGCCAGCGGCUUUGGCCAGUCAUCGGACCCUAACGCUGUCCUGAACGAGUGCCGAUCCAUCGAUCAAGGAAUUGAUCAGAUCGAGGCCAACUUGAACCAGCUGCGCAUGCUGCAGGAGCGAACCCUGACCGACGCCGAUACAUCAGCAAACUCUUCGACGGUCCGCCAACUCGAUGCCCUCUCUUCCGAGACGAUGACCCUGUACCGCAGCCUGACCGAUCGCGUGCGCCAAGUCAAGUCCACUCCUGAUGGCCAGUCGGCCAGAAACUCGCCGCAGGUCGGCCGUAUCGAUCGCCGCCUGAAGGGUGCUAUCCAGCAGUACCAGCAGGUCGAGUCGGCUUUCCGUAAGCGUACUCAGGACCAGAUGGCCCGCCAGUACCGCAUUGUUCGACCCGACGCCGACGAGCGCGAGGUCCGCGAGGCGGUUGAAGACGCUGGUGCCGGUGCCCAGAUUUUCCAGCAGGCCGUGAUGCAGAGCGGCCGCCAGGCCCAAGCCAACGCCGUGCUCAACGCCGUCCAGGACCGCCAGGCCGCCCUUCAGAAGAUUGAGCAGCAGUUGAUUGAGCUCGCACAGCUGUUCCAGGACAUGGAUGUGUUGAUUGUGCAGCAAGAGGCCGCUGUUACGCAGAUCGAGCAGAAGGGCGAGGAGGUCGUAGAGAACCUGGAUAAGGGCAACCAAGAGAUUGGAACUGCGGUCAACACUGCCCGCAAGACCCGCAAGAAGAAGUGGUGGUGCCUGGGUAUCUGCGUGCUCAUUGUCAUUAUCAUCGCUGUCAUCCUUGCCAUCUACUUCGCCAUUAUCAAGCCGGGCCAGGCUGCUCCUGCCCCCGCGGCUACCGCCCGCGCGAAGCGCAACAUUGGCAUACUCGAGCUGCCCGAGUUCUCGAACUCGGUACCCAUCGAUACCGGGGUUGCGCACACUCAGGUGUUCAAGGCAACGAGCCGUAUCAUGCGCCGCAUCGUUCAGCCGGGAGUUGCCUGGGAACCGACCGCCACUACCCAAGACGCCGCCGUUGUCGCCCGUUUUGGUGGCAAGGUCGACAUGCCUGCUGUCCGCAACUAG